CACUGAUUACAAAUCUAAUAUCAAGCAGUGUGUCUAACAAUCUAACGUUCUCACUACAGUGGUUCUCACGCACUUCCGCUGAACAUCUCGCGAGAACAAGUUUCCCUGGCAACAAUACACGGUGUUUUCAUGGAGAGGUCUGAGCGACAAAAGAUUCAACUCGCAACCAACCAGCCAUACGACGAGAGUUUUGAGGUGAACGCAGACGAGGCGGCCAGCGUUCACACACCAUCCCCCCGACAGACAGUGUCCAGGAGGGCAGGCAGGCAGAAGCAGAGCGCCAUGGCCAGUUAUGCUGGUGAGAAACUAGAAGAGGACACUAAAAGAAAGAAAGAGCCGCCACCUGGUGCUCACAGUACUAAUGAGAAUGAUGAAGAGGAUGAGGAGGAAGAGGAUGAUGAUGACGACGACGAUGAUGAUUCUGAUGACACAGAGUCUGAUGAGGAGGAAAGGGAGCCUGGAUCUGCUCCAGAAGGUGCAUAUGACCCGGCCGAUUAUGAACAUCUUCCUGUCACAGCCGAGAUCAAAGAGCUGUUUCAGUACAUUACACGAUACACUCCUCAGACGAUAGAGCUUGACCACAAACUGAAGCCCUUUAUCCCUGAUUUCAUCCCAGCUGUGGGAGACAUUGAUGCUUUCCUCAAAGUGCCACGGGCAGAUGGGAAGGCUGACAAUCUGGGUCUGCUCGUUCUAGAUGAGCCAUGCGUUAAACAGUCAGACCCAACAGUGCUUUCCUUGUGGCUGUCAGAGAACAGCAAACAACACAAUGUCGCUGAAGUGAAAGUUAAGAGCAUCGAAAACCCGGAGAAGAACCCCAAAGCCAUAGACAACUGGAUCGAGAGCAUUACUGAGCUGCAUCGGUCCAAACCUCCAGCUACCGUACACUACACGAGACCCAUGCCAGACAUUGACAGCCUGAUGCAGGAGUGGCCACCUGAAUUUGAGGAGCUUUUGGGGAAGGUGAAUCUCCCCACAGCAGACAUCGACUGUGAUUUGGCAGAUUAUGUUGAUAUUAUUUGUGGAAUGCUGGACAUCCCUGUGUACAAGAACCGAAUUCACUCACUUCACGUCCUGUUCACACUCUACUCUGAAUUCAAAAACUCACAGCACUUUAAAUCUGUAGCGGAGGGCCAGAAAUCUGACACACCACCUGCUUCACGUACAGCUACUGCUGAAUUAGAAAGACUCACUUUGGACUGAAGUCUUCGAAAUGGCCUAUUUUAUUACAUCCUGUUUUGUUACAUUCUGUUUUGUCGCCAAUUGGGUUCUGUUAUGUUCUGCUCUUUCAUUACAUGUUACACUAUAAAUUCUUCAUAUGAUUGUGUUAGAUUGUGUUCUCAAAACAAGGUUGUGAUGUUAUAAUCACUACAAAUGCAUUUUAAUAAAACUUAUUAACUGUAGACUGGGAAUGUAUUAAAAAAAAAAAAAAAAUUACUCCUUUUCUACACUAUUGCCUACUUAUUUUAGUUUAUAAAGAAUUUUUCUUAUUAGGGGGGUAACACCUGUGAUCUGACCAGAGAAUGAUGGGUUUCCUUUUUGAGCUCCACUUAUAUUAAUGUUUUCAGUCACUUUACUCACUAACACCUAAUCCAAACUCAGUACAACUUUUUUAGACCAUAUACUGUUAAAUAACACAAAGUACAGUUAUUUACUGUAAAUAUCCCAUAAAUAUAAUACUGAAUUUAACCGAAUCAAGACUAAACACUAAGUCAUCUAGAGAUUUAACAAAGUAGGCUAACAUCUUAACCAUUAUAAUUUCAUAUUUGAAUUAUAAACUGAAUCAGAGCAAGUUUUCCUUUAUGAUUUAAUUAUUGGUCUUUUAUACUGCGUGAUACAUACAUGAAAUAUGUACCAUCUACAAGAUAAUUUGAAUAGGACCAGCCCUGCUGCCUUCCUUGUUCUACCCUCUUUUGCUUUCCUGUUGUGGUUUAGAAUGGCUAUUUUUUACUGAGGUGACAGUUUCGAGUGCAGUAAAGUGCAUCAUAUAAAGAACGUCUACAGAGUUGAACGGUUUUAUCAAUGGUUAUAAAUGAUAAUAAAAUGGUAAUUUAGCUUCAAAAAGUCUAACUCCUGACUUACAAUGCCUGGAUGUUACAUUUAUGUUUGGCUGUUUCUGUUUGCUGUAUUUGCAGAAGACAUUCCUGAAGUUAAAGUGGAGACGGGCUUAUAUAGUCGUGUUAAUCUCACUGGAAUGUCACUUCAUCAAGAUGCUGUUAAGUCAGUGCAAUGGACCAAACUAAAACUAAAUCAAUCACAAUUAUGUCUAUUGUUUGUAAACAAUAGUACCAAUGGUACCAAAUGCUACAGUGACUGCUGUGGAAAGGUUCAUUUCUAUUUCAACAAUAACACCCUCAUUCUGGAGAACGUGACAGCACAGGAUGAAGGAGUCUUCGAGGAAACUAUAGUUAAAAGAAAUGGAACUAUAAAAUCCCAAAACUUUACAUUAAUUAUUCAGUACCCACCAAUUGCAACAGAAAUAGCGGUCUCAUGGAACUCCAGCACAUCUGUGACUCUCAAAUGUGAAGUGAGCGGGUCAUUUCUGCUUCUGAUGUGGAAGAGAGAAAGAGUUCCCAUUCUAGAGAAACACAGACACUCAUUCAGUGAGAGGAAUCAAACUCUACACAUCAGCAACAUAACCAGCUCAGAUUACGGGACGUACAGCUGUAUUGUUUCAAAUGCAUGUGGAGAAUCAGAACAGCACAUGUAUAUUACUGGUGAGAACUCAACUGCUAACCAAGGAAAUGGUACUAGUGGUAAAACUCAGUCUGGUCAGAAUCUGCUUUCAAGUGGACUUACACUCAUGGGUGUUGUUGGAUUGUGCAUCGUGUUCUACAGGCCUUUACAAAUACCAUCACAGGCAAAGAGCAGAAAAUAGCAGAACUACAGAUGAAGGGAAUGCAGAUAAUGACACUGCAAUUUAUCAGGAAGUGCCUGACUUUCAACAGGUGACUCCUUUGCCAUACGUCUACACAGACUUCAUUAAGCCGAAAGAGCCCAAUCAGGCCUCCGCUGCAACGCAACACUUUGAGGACUUUGGUUACUCUGAGGUUGGACCCACAUGCAGGGCAGAUCCAAUUCUUCAGUAUUGUGAUGCUGGAGAGGAAUGACAACUAAUAUAAGAGACUACAAAACACGUUGGACUUAAAACAGUCAGCGAAUACUAACACACUUUCAUGUUCAUGAAUCUGUGCAGCGCAACUUCCUCAUCAACCACCAGAUGGCAAACACAAAUAGCAACAAUUUGGAUGGACAAUCUUCUGAAUAAUCGUUUCAAUUACAUUCAAUAAGCAUCAUUCUGAAAAGGCACAGAAGAAACUUGUUUUCUUUCUUGCACUUGGUACUGGAUAAUGUAGGCUACAGAAUGAAUGCUCAGUGCUGGUUAUAGACAUUUGGAGGCCCCAUGCACCACUUACCUCUUAAUAAAAAAGCACUUGAAACAAAUAUGAUUUCUAACAUUUGUUAUAAAAAUUUGUAUAUAUUUUACUGAUAUGUCCAUAAUAAUCUAACUUAAAGGCACAGUAUGUAAGAUUUUUGUAAUUUAUAUUAUGUAUAUGUAGUUUUACACAUGUGUAUUUUUUGCAGACAGAGGUCGCUUAUUCAAAACACAGGCAUAGCUAGAUGACACCUUGAUUUCACAGAAUAAUGGGAGUUGCUGUCUUCAUAUCUACAGCCGGUGGAAAAGAAUCCGAAGGGACUCGGGCAGAAAUCAUAUUCAUGAAUAAGCUAAUGUAUUAAAGAUUUACACGGCUCGAGAUCAGUGGAGCUUUUAUGCCACAGGCCACCGUUUCUGCUUUUUUGUCAUAUUGGAUACAUCUGAAAGUUAUUAUAAUGCUACUCUGAGACACUUGUUGCACACUGCAGUAAGCUAGAUCAAUAUUGGGCAUGGUAAAACAUUGUACUCACUGUAAAUCAAGAAAACAAGAUUUAAACAAUAAGACUUACUGUGUUUAGCUAUAUAACAAUUAGUUUUCUGUUGAUGAAUAUACAUCCAAACAGUUGUUCACCUGUCUAAUAAAACACAUAAUAUAUUAAA